AAUGGUGAUAACAAACAAAGGAGUGAAGAUGGAAUAUGCAAAGAUUUUAGAGGUUUUCUCUGCCAUUGAUUUUUCUUGCAACAAAUUUGAGGGAGAGAUUCCAGAAGUAGUUGGGAGCUUAAAGGGACUUCAACUGCUUAACCUUUCCAAUAACAUUCUUGUUGGUCCAAUCCCAUCAACCUUGGGAAAUCUCACAAAUCUUGAAGCUCUUGACCUUUCUCAAAACAAGCUCACAAGAAACAUUCCCACGCAGCUAACACAGCUCAAUUUUCUUGAAGUCUUCAAUGUGUCUCACAACCAUUUGACAGGAUCUAUCCCGAAGGGCCAGCAAUUUGAUACAUUUGAUAACAGUUCAUUUGAUGGGAAUUCAGGGCUGUGUGGAUUGCCAUUAUCAAGGAAAUGUGACAACUCGAAGGCCUCACCUCCACCAUCUUCAACCUCUAAAGGAAAUGAGGACUUUGGAUUGCUAACUGAAUUUGGUUGGAAAGUAGUGGCAUUGGGUUAUGGAUGUGGACUCCUUGUUGGUGUGGUGAUUGGAAACAUUGUCUUCGCAAGAAAACGUGAGUGGUUGAUGAGGACUUACCGAAUCAGGCUGUCAAGGAGGAGAAGGAUGGGGAGGAUCCAGUGAAGAUGAAUGUUUAUCUGUUGGUGGUAGCCUUUGGUUAUGUAUUUCUUUUGCCUACAUUUCUCUGUUUUUUCCUCUUUUUGUUUUGUGUGUGUGGAUUUUAAUUCAAGUAGAUGGAGUGCAAAACCAAUGUAUAGUGUGGAUUGUUGUACUUUAAAGCUGCAUCAAUAAAUUUCACUUCAACUU